AUGGCGCCAACUGCUGAGUCUACGGAGGAUUGCCCUGAGGACUCCAAAGGGAAGACAAAGUCGAGCUUCUCAAAUCCUACAGUCCUAAAGGCAGCUUUGGACAUUGUGAAACACAAAAAGAAGGAAGCCGUGGAGAAAGAGCAGUACGAUCAGGCGGCACGCUUCCAGCAGAAAAUCAAGCAGCUAGAGGCCCAGUUGGCCCUGCUGGACAAGAACGGUUCGGAGGGCGGAGCCAGCAGAGUGGGCAGCGGAAGUGCCUCCUUAGGUGAAGAAGAGGAGGACGAGGACGAGGAUGAGCAACCGAGAAAGCCUAUCCAGAGGAGAUCGCUGCUUUCUGCUCCAAAUCCAUUCCGUACGGUGGAGUUGCUAGAGCAGAGUGGCUACACCAGGCCACAGGCCUGCGGAAUGCUCUUCCUGCUUUACAUCAUGGUUUUUGUUCUCGAAGUCCUGUUGGUGUAUGUGGGCUGGAGGGUUCUUGGUUUGGGAGGUGAGUCUGCCGAAUACGGCAGCAGCGAGGACCUUAUGGAAGCCGGGAGCCCCGAUGCCCUGGCAUAUCCUGGCAUCCUUGAAGUUUCGCGGGCUCUCUGGACUUGCCCCCAGGCAGAUGGGGCGAAAUCCGUCGAGGCUGCAGACUCCGCAGGGUGUGGGGACAGCUCCAAAGGACCAAAAAGUCCCCGCAUGGAGUCGCAGAGAGAGGAUGGAUCGGUGCAAUCCUUAACUCGUCGGGCUGACUUUUUGGCGUCUCGGGCAAGGCACGCAGAAGCUCUUCCUUUGGUGGACGAGGCUUUGCGGAUAGAACCCGGCAGACCAGACCUACAUCUGGGGCGCGGGCAGUGCCUCGAACACAUGGAGAAGUUGGAUGAAGCGUUGUUGUGCUAUGAGGCAGCUCUCCGACUGGAUGCGCAGAGCAUGGCUGCUCAGCGCAACAAGGCUCUCUUGCUAGCACGGCAGCAGAGGUGGCGAGAAGCUGCAGGCUCUUUCCGCGAGGUUCUUCGACUCGAGCUGGCAUUACCCGUGCAGAAGGAGAUGCGGCUGGAAUUAGCUCGCUGUCUGACAGAAGAUGCCAUACAGCUCAAGGCUGCCGGCCAGCCCAACAUCCACGGUUUCCAUGAGGCCAUCCAGGCCUGCGAGACGUAUGCUCCCGCAUAUUUCCAGCUUGGAGUUCAUUACUCUGAGGCCAACAACUCUGCGAAAGCCAAAGAGAUGUACACGAAAGCGGUUCAGCUCCAACCUGGGUACGUGGAGGCAUUGAACAAUCUCGGUGUAGCAUGCAGGGAGCUUGGCGAGUGGGACCACGCAGUAGAGGCCUACGCUUUAGCGCUGAAGGUCAACCAGAACUGCAGUAAGACCCGGGAAAACAUGGCCAUUGCAUUGCUGCAACUGGGCUGUCGGCACCUGCAGGGAAAGGAGCUGAAACAAGCUUCGAAAGCUCUGAAGCAAGGGCUGUCCUUCAACUCCAGGAACGCCGACCUCUAUUUUAACCUGGGCGUGCUCUAUGCAGAAAAAGAGAAGUGGGACCAAGCGAAGGUCAACUACGAGCUCGCGAUUCAUUUUGAUCCAAGACACGCGAAUGCCCACAACAACCUGGGCGUCAUUCACAGCCUGCUCACCGGGAAUCCAAGCGAUGCCUGGGCCACGUCCUUCACCGAAGCAGCGAAAGAGUGGGAGCCACAGAGAGUAGCCUCUGUGCCACCUGCCUCUUCGGCCGCAUCGACAACCUCGGCUUCUCAUCGGCCAUCCGGACGAGCUGCGUUGUUGGAGGUGGAACGCCUUUCGAUGAUUCCCUCGAAAAGUGAAGCCCGCCAUCUUCCCGAAACAGGUGAAGCAAUCAGAUGUUCGCUACCACGCUCCUGUAUGCAUGCCAGCAGCCACGACUUGGCAUCCCGUCUAGCUGUUCAUCGACCUCGCACCGUUGAGACUGACUUGAAGACGGAGCGGGGCUGCACCAUGGACGCUUGUGAGGUCAUGUGA